AGCUCUGAUGUCAUCAACCACAUGAUACUGCCUUCUCCAGUAACGUUGCUUCCAAAAAAAAAUAGGAGUUUUAAAGCUUUUGCUUUUUUGGAUUGUGUGAAUGCUUCAUUCGCCUCACAAACAACCACAGAACCACAAGUGCGGUGCACGACUUUCUCCAGGAGGACAGCGCGGAGCCUUUGGUUUUUCAAUGGUUAAUCUCCGCAGGUCACUACCAGCCGUCGAGACCAUCGCUGUCGUCUGAGGGAUAUUUACUGCUGGGACAUACAAAAAGCGGACAGGCGCCAUUCAGCAGAGGAAGGAGGACGAUGGCGUCCAACAGUCUCUUCAGCUCGGUGACACCAUGUCAGCAAAACUUCUUUUGGGAUCCCAGCACCAGCCGGAGGUUCAGCCCGCCCUCCAACAGCCUCCAGCCCGGCAAGAUGAGCGACGUGAGCCCGGUGGGAGUCCCGCAGCAGCCCCAGCAGUCCCAGCAGUCUCAGCAGCAGCAGGAGGGGGCGGCGGUGCCCAGGCUCAGGGCUCACGAUAACCGGACAAUGGUGGAGAUCAUCGCGGAUCACCCGGCCGAGCUCGUGCGGACUGACAGCCCCAACUUCCUGUGCUCAGUGCUGCCCUCCCACUGGCGCUGCAACAAGACCCUGCCCGUGGCUUUCAAGGUGGUUGCCCUAGGAGAAGUGGCGGAUGGUUCUGUGGUCACAGUCAUGGCUGGCAAUGACGAAAAUUAUUCAGCGGAACUCAGAAACGCCUCUGCAGUCAUGAAGAAUCAAGUGGCAAGGUUUAACGAUCUGAGAUUUGUGGGCAGGAGUGGAAGAGGGAAGAGUUUUACACUCACCAUAACCGUUUUCACAAACCCGCCGCAAGUCGCCACCUAUCACAGAGCAAUAAAAGUGACCGUGGAUGGCCCAAGAGAACCAAGACGGCACAGACAGAAGCUUGAUGACUCUAAACCUAGUUUGUUCUCUGAACGUGAUUUAGGGCGCAUUCCUCAUCCCAGUAUGAGAAUGGGUGUCCCACCUCAGAGUCCACGGCCCUCACUGAACUCCAGUCCUUUUAAUCCACAAGGACAGAGUCAGAUUGCAGACCCAAGGCAGACACAGUCAUCCCCUCCAUGGUCCUACGACCAAUCAUAUCCAUCCUAUCUGAGCCAGAUGACAUCUCCAUCAAUUCAUUCCACAACCCCAUUGUCCUCCACCCGCGGUACAGGGCUUCCUGCUAUCUCCGAUGUUCCCAGGCGCCUCUCAGGUGCUUCCGAACUGGGUCCAUUUUCUGAUCCGCGGCAGUUUACAAGUAUUUCAUCAUUAACAGAAAGUCGCUUUUCGAACCCACGAAUGCAUUAUCCUGCCACAUUCACGUACAGCCCUCCCGUCACCACUGGGAUGUCUUUAGGUAUGUCUGCAACCACACACUAUCAUACCUACUUACCACCCCCUUAUCCAGGCUCCUCCCAGAACCAAAGUGGACCAUUCCAAACCAGUAGCACUCCCUACCUUUACUACGGUACAUCAUCUGGAUCAUACCAGUUCCCCAUGGUUCCCGGGGGGGACCGCUCUCCAUCUCGGAUGCUACCACCCUGCACCACGUCCAACGGGGGCACAUUGCUUAACCCCAAUCUGACCAAUCAGAAUGAUGGUGUGGAUGCAGAUGGAAGCCACAGCAGUUCUCCUACUGUGUUAAAUUCCAGUGGUCGAAUGGAUGAAUCCGUAUGGAGGCCUUACUGAUGACGGAAGUCAAUAGGAAGACAUUUUUCCAAAUAAUACGGAAGUGCCUUUAAUUAAUGAACUUUUUGGAUGUCACUAUUUUUAGCUUUUAUUGGCUUUUAAUAAAUAAUAAAAAAAAAAUAUGCAACUGAACUGAUUUGGCAAAAUAUUUUUGCCCUUUUGUUACAAAUACUAUGGUUACAAGCACACAAAGCCUUAAAACUUUUAUUUCUUGAUUACUAUUUAUAUCCAACUUUACCAUUCCAAAGGAUUUUCAUCACCAAAAUGGUUUUGAAAGCUUUAAAAAGACUUUUUUUUUUCUCAACCACGGGGUGAAAGAAGAUUCCAUUUCCAAAGUGGGCGUCCAAGCCGCAACUUGCCUUAUGUCCAAUAAAAGGGAAGCCCUGGAAUAUCUGACUGAUACGUGACAACAACUGCACAAAACGCGUCCUACGUUAACAAAUCGCUUGCCUUUCAGCCUUUAAGGGUAAUUCUCAUGGUAAAGAACUUUUUUUUUCUUUUUAAUUUUCGCUUUGAUGACGCCAAAACAAAAAAAAAAAAAUGCAAUAAUAGUUCAAAAAAAUGCCUAUGCAAAAGAAAGUAGCAAUAUUCGCUUUAACGGUAUCAAUUGUACGUUGGUUUUCUUCGGCUAUUAUUUUUUAAAUUAUCGGUAUGUAUAAAAUCUGAAGAUGUUCUUCUU